CUCAUACACAUACGCACAUACACACCCCUGUCCCUUCCUCCUCCUCCUCCUCCUCCUCCUCCUCCUCCUGCUGCUGAAGCAGAGCACACCUGCUUGCUCUUGGCUAGUCGCGUCCUCUUCGCUGCAAUUGACUCCCUCGGCCUUCGGAGCGCCUCGUCGUGUCCCGAAAACCCUCUGGAUUUUUGUUUGGUUGAGGGGGAGAGCCUCUCUUUGAACGCCUCGCUUCCUCUCUCUCUCCAGUGCCUCUUCUGUCUGCACAGAGCACAGGCUUGUGAGCUGCACCAUGAGGUCAGCCUGUCUCUCCCUGCUCCUUGUGUCGGCGUGCUGGGCUCUGCCCUUCCGCCAGACCGGCUUCAUGGACUUUAUGAUGGAGGACGAGCCCGGCUCCGGAGAACCGGAAACUCCCGCCGGAAGAGCCCCUGUUCGGCCUGCUGGCCCCGACCGCGUAGCACCCGGACCCGGGCCCAUGCCCCCACAGCAGGUCUGUCCCUUCAGGUGCCAGUGUCACUUGAGGGUGGUGCAGUGCUCUGACUUGGGCUUGAAGAACGUUCCAGAGCAAAUCUCUGCAGACACCACCCUGCUGGAUCUGCAGAACAAUAAGAUCACCGAGAUCCGUGAGAAUGACUUGAAGGGACUUAAGGCCCUCCAGACUCUGAUCCUGGUGAACAACCAGAUCACCACCAUCCACGCCAAGGCUCUGAUCCCGCUGGGCAAGCUGCAGAGGCUGUACCUGUCCAAGAACAUGCUGAAGGACAUGCCGCCCAACAUGCCCAAGAGCCUGCAGGAGCUGCGCAUCCACGAGAACGAGAUCAGCAAGAUCAAGAAGGCCUCCUUCCAGGGCAUGGCCAACAUGAUUGUCAUGGAGCUUGGCUCCAACCCCUUGUCCGGCUCUGGAAUCGAGGCUGGAGCGUUCACCGACCUCAAGAGGGUCUCCUACAUCCGCAUCUCUGACACUGAGCUCAGCGACAUCCCUAAAGGUCUCCCCGCCUCCCUGUCAGAGCUCCACCUCGACGGAAACAAGAUCACCAAGGUUCAGGCAGAGGUCCUGAAGGGCCUCAAGCAUCUGGCUAAGCUCGGCCUGAGCUACAACCAGAUCAGCGUGGUGGAGAACGGCACUCUCGCCAAUGUGCCUCACCUGCGCGAGAUUCACCUGGACAACAACGCCCUGACCAGUGUGCCACCCGGUCUCCCUGAGCACAAAUACAUCCAGGUGAUCUAUCUUCACAACAACAAGAUUGCUGCCGUGGGAACGGAAGACUUCUGCCCUCCUGGCUACAACACCAAGAAGGCCAUGUACUCUGGCAUUAGCCUCUUCAGCAACCCUGUGCCCUACUGGGAGGUCCAGCCAAUCACCUUCCGCUGUGUCUUCGACCGUUCCGCCAUUCAAUUGGGCAACUACAGGAAGAAGUAGACGAGCAGCCAAUGAGGGCUGGCUCUUUGUGGGCCCCAAACAUUUGUUUGUUUGUAUGUUUGUUUUUGGCCCACAAGCAUCUCAAGCACAUAAGUCCAUCAUCCCUUCCCCAUUCCACCGACUCAGUGCACAGUCUAUGUGAAAGAAAGAAAGACAGAAAAAGCCACAGAAAACAUUCUUUAUGAGAUAGCAACAUAUCAUCUCAGUUCAUAGUGAAGGUAUCAUAUAUCCAUCAAAGAAACUCGUCUUAUAGGACACAACAAUACAACACAGACAGGUUUAUACUCACUAACAUACUGCAUUACGAGCACUAAUUCAGUUGUUUUAAAGGUGUACUUUCCCCCAUUUCUGACACUGAAAGUCUUCAGUGAGAUCCUAUGUGAGAUCCUAUGACCACUUUAAGUCCCAUGUAGUCUAAGUGCUACAGAGGCACUAAAGUUUAAAAUUAAUGAAUUGAGAUUUUAUUCGUCCCACUCUUUCAUUUUUCUUCUUUUUUUUUUAAUUCUGAACAAAAAAUAAUUGGCCUUUUUUUUAAGAUUCUGCUGGACCUAAGCCAUAGUGUGACUCAGUCCUUCAGGCCAGCUGGCCUGCUGCGCGGGCAGCGAAGGGUUAACUACCCAUCUGGAAAUAACGUUAACAAGAGCCGGUGUACUAGAGAAUGUACUAGAAUAACGUUACCUGUGUAGUGCUACAGUUAAAGAGUAUACCGAUAGGAUAUUGUAGAUCUCAUUUUUGUUUUUAAUUUUGAUUUUUUUUUCAUAUUGUAGACAACACACGUUGCGAUAUCCUCUUGCUCUUGCUCGACAGUUUUGUCUGUAUGUUUUUGUUUGUGCUGUUAUGGGGUUUGUCUCACUGUCUCUUAGUUGUUCUUUCCAUCAUGUCUGACACUCUGGAUCCACCUCUGACACUGCCAUGUAACACAGGGUUAGACAGCACAAUCAUUCUGAACGUACGGUAACUCCAAAUAGAAUAAACCUGUUUUUUCCAACAUCACGGAAGACAUUCCCGAAAACCUAUACGCAUGAUUUAGUAUUUUUUUUUUCACCUUUGCAACCUCUUAAAAGACAGAUUAUGGUUUUUAUUGAUGACGUGUUUUUUAAAAAAAAUGAGAGUGUAUUGCUUUAUUCAUUCUUUCUCCUUUCUUUUCAUUGGUUUGGUUUCACUCAAUUACAGUAUAUAUUUUUUUUCUUUCAUAAAGUCUGAAGAAGUUUGGAGGGAUGUCACAGGCAGUCGUGCCUUUCACCCUCAUGCUAGUGUGAAUGUCUCAUGUAUAGUUGCUGUAUAUAAAUGCUGUAUAAAAAAAAAAAACCUUCUUCAAUGCUUAAAGGCACAAGCACUUACGGUAGUUCAGACUUAAUAUAUCGGUAAUAAAGGUGA